GCGCGUUCCCGCGAGAAGCCCUCUACCGAGUAACAGCGCGUCCCCGCAUCUUGACGGCGCUAAUUUGGAUAGUUUGUCAAUCAGGAAUUCCUCGGGGGUGGAAAAAAUCGCUCCGGGUCGUUUUCAAACCGUGCCGGACGGGGCAGGACGUCAAAGCGCCGGGCUAACGAUGGACGCCGCCUCGGCGGAGCGGUUGUGGUGACUUGCUGGAGGAGUAGCGGCGGGUUCCGGUGGAGAUAUUUUGCGCUGUCAGGAAGUUUGACGUAUUCGGUCGAUCAACGUUUCUACGGUUUGUUUUUGUUGUGGGAAAAAGCUGCGGGCUGGCCAACUCUCAUCUCCGCACAAAUGAAAAUAAAAUAAAACAAACCCUGUAAUGUUACAUCGCUAACUCGAGUGGGACUUGUUAAACAGUUUCACUUUAAAGUUUUGUCGAACUCUUUUACAGGAUUUUUUUUUUUUUUAUCCAGAUUUGCUAACAUUACAUUCAGGAUCGCGUUACAGCCAGUUUACCUCGGAUUAACGGUCGUUGCUUUCUUAUUGUUUUGUUCUGAAAGUAUAACGCUGCUGCAGCUUGUAUUUCAUCUUUAUAUUAUACAUAUAUUAGAUAUCUAACACGAACUCUUGCGCAAAUCUACAGAUUUAAGGCGGCCCGCCCCUUUUGGAGAGCCCAUAAAAUGGAUUUAAUAAAGGCUAAACGGCAACAGUUACACCUCCUCUGGUAGAUUUUUUAAUUUUUUUGUUUUUUUGUCAGUGAAGCCUGAAAAAAAGAAUCCAGAGACUGUCGAUCAUGUUUUGGAAAUUUAAGUUUUCCAAAGAUCCGAGGCUGCAGCGGCCUCAUCUGGAGCUGUUGGAUGCGUUGUUUUCCAUAUAGGAGCAUUUUCCGCCUUUCUUUAUCUUUUUAUCAGUUUUUUUGUUGCUAACCUCUCCUGAAAGAAGACAUACCCCCCUGAUACUUGGGCGGUGGGGGUGUGUGCAGCCCCUCCAUGGCGCCUUCACGCUCACCCCGUCACCCGGGUGUUUUGGUCUGACGGUGGGGGGGAGAGAGAGGGGGCCCCCGAUGGACGUCGGAAGCUCCGGGAUACGUCGCUCCACUGCCGCCCCAGGAUACCGGUGACCGGGUCGGCUGCAGGCGGGAGGUGUUCGUUUUACCUGAGGCUACAGGCUGUGGGUGGUCUGGCACAUCAGAGACGUCCGUCUGAACCCUGGUUUGUGGACCACGCACGCACCGCGCUGCCACAAUGAACGAGAGGCAGGCUCUCCACUCUAUAAUGAAGGACCUGGUUGCCCUCCAGAUGACACGACGGCAGCCGGUUUUUUCCUACGACAGCGGCAAACCAAAGACGUCGGCUCAGGCCAACAGACAGGACGAUGUCAGGAUAAAGUUUGAGUACUCGGGAGAGAAAAGGAUCUUGGUGUUUGGAAGGCCUGUGCUGUUUGAGGAAAUUCAGGAAAAAGUCAAGAGUGUCUUUGGCCAGCAGCUGGAGCUCCAUUACAUGAACAAUGAGAUGUCCAUUCCUCUGCGAGGCCAGGAUGACCUGGACAAGGCGAUAGACCUGCUGGACAGAAGCUCCAGCAUGAAAAGCAUCAGGAUAAUGCUUCUAUCUCGGGAGCACAGCAAUGCCUCCUCCAACUCUCACCAUGUGCCGUGCAAGCUGGUGAGGAUCAAGGCCUCCCACUCCACCGGAGACGUUAGCACCGCAUACCAAUCCCCUGAACCCAGAGGGCGCCACCUGUCGACAGGUUCUCAGAACACAGGUCGAAGUUCGCCGCCUCCUGGUUACGUUCCUGAACGGCAGCAGAGGAUUGCCCGGCAGGGUUCGUACACCAGCAUCAACAGCGAGGGGGAGUUCAUCCCAGAAACCAGCGAUCAAUGUGUGCUGGAUCCCUGGAGCAGCGCAGAAAAUUCAGUUUCCGGAAGCUGCCAGUCUCUGGAUAGCAACUCGGAAAGCCCAUCAAUGAGGAAGUCUCGCAUGCACAGAGCCAAGAGUUACCCAGAUAACCGGCAAGAGUUCUCAGACCGAGAAAAUCAUGUGUAUGACAAGGUAGCAGGGAAGGGAGGCACCUAUCCUCGUAGGUAUCACGUUUCCCUACAUUACAAAGACCACAGUGAAGGUCGCCGAACAUUUCCACGCAUCCGUCGUCCCCAGGGAAACCUGUUUACUCUGGUGCCCUCAAGACGAUCGCUCAACGGCAGCGAGGAGAGUCUGGGCAGCAGGCAGCAGGUCGACGCACAAGGCAGGCUGCGUCCACAUGAUCGUUCUGUUGCCCACAAGUCUCCCAGUGCCCCGGUGACGUGGCGUCGGGGGAAGCUUUUAGGCCAGGGUGCGUUCGGCCAGGUUUACCUCUGUUAUGAUGUGGAUACAGGGAGAGAGCUGGCUGCCAAGCAAGUCCAGUUUGAUCCUGACAGCCCCGAGACCAGCAAGGAGGUUAGUGCUUUGGAGUGUGAAAUCCAGCUUCUGAAAAAUCUGCACCACGAGCGCAUCGUCCAGUACUACGGCUGUUUGAGGGACCACAACGAGAAAACGCUCACCAUCUUCAUGGAGUUCAUGCCAGGGGGUUCAGUCAAAGAUCAGCUGAAGGCUUACGGGGCCCUGACAGAAAACGUUACACGGAAAUAUACAAGACAGAUUCUGGAGGGGAUGUCCUAUCUUCACAGUAACAUGAUCGUGCACAGAGACAUCAAAGGUGCCAACAUCCUGCGGGAUUCGGCAGGAAACGUGAAGCUUGGAGAUUUUGGUGCCAGCAAAAGGCUGCAGACCAUCUGCAUGUCUGGAACCGGGAUCCGCUCUGUGACCGGCACCCCCUACUGGAUGAGUCCGGAGGUGAUCAGCGGAGAGGGCUACGGCAGGAAAGCUGAUGUCUGGAGCCUCGGUUGCACCGUGGUUGAGAUGCUCACAGAAAAGCCUCCGUGGGCAGAAUUUGAGGCCAUGGCGGCGAUAUUCAAGAUCGCCACCCAGCCCACCAAUCCGCUGCUCCCCCCACGUGUCUCUGACCAGACGCGGGACUUUAUCCGCUGCAUCUUCGUGGAGGCCAAACACAGGCCGAGUGCAGAGGAGCUGCUCAGGCAUCCUUUCUCCCAGAUACAGUGCUGAGAUGUGCCGCGGUCCUGAACUGUCGCCGCGGGCGGGCGUUGCACCGGCGCCUCGCCGAGCAAAGCGCAGACCUGUGAGUGACGGCGGUGCUAAGUGCACUGAUCCUCCUUCACCAUCAUAUGCUUCAAAGGAGACCCAGCCUUCACGCACAGGAACUGAGAAAACUGA